AUUCCUCCUCGUCUUCAGCUGCCUGGUGCUGUCGGUCUUCUCCACCAUCCAGGAGCACCAGAAAUUGGCCAACCAGUGCCUCUUCAUCCUGGAAUUCGUGAUGAUCGUGGUGUUCGGCAUGGAGUACAUCAUCCGGGUCUGGGCAGCCGGCUGCUGCUGCCGCUACCGGGGUUGGCGGGGACGCUUCCGCUUCGCCAGGAAACCCUUCUGCGUUAUAGAUUUCAUCGUCUUCAUCGCCUCGGUGGCCGUCAUCGCGGCUGGCACCCAGGGCAACAUCUUCGCCACCUCGGCGCUGCGCAGCAUGCGCUUCCUGCAGAUCCUGCGCAUGGUGCGCAUGGACCGGCGCGGCGGCACCUGGAAACUGCUGGGCUCCGUCGUCUACGCCCACAGCAAGGAGCUCAUCACCGCCUGGUACAUCGGCUUCCUGGUGCUCAUCUUCUCCUCCUUCCUGGUCUACCUGGCUGAGAAGGACAGCAAUCUCACCGCCGUCGGCUACGGGGACAAGACGCCGCAGACGUGGCUGGGGCGGAUGCUGGCGGCCGGUUUCGCCCUGCUCGGCAUCUCCUUCUUCGCGCUGCCCGCCGGGAUCCUGGGCUCCGGCUUUGCCCUCAAGGUGCAGGAGCAGCAUCGGCAGAAGCACUUUGAGAAGAGGAGGACUCCAGCAGCAAACCUGAUCCAGGCUGCCUGGCGCCUGUACUCGACGGACGUCAGCCGCCCGUACCUGACAGCCACGUGGUGUUACUACGACAGCCUCCUGCCCUCCUUCAGAGAGCUGGUCCUUAUGUUUGAACAUUUGUACCGCGCCCGCGACGGAGGAUUUAGGAAUUCAGAGGUGAAAAAAUUGCCCGACGGAGCCCCACCACCGCCUUAUCACUCCUUCACCCCCGGCCAGAAAAGCACCAGCCCUGCCGCUUGCCCGGGGGAAAG